AUGACAACUUCACCUCAAAAUUCUCAACUUUCGGCUGUCGAGUUACACAAAGUCGCCAACGCCAAGUAAGUUUACUUUUUACCUUAUUUUUUUGGCGCCAAAAAGUUUCGGCGGUGAGAUCAAAGAGUUUGGGAAAACAUGAGGCGUUAAUUGAAAAUGUUCUUUUUUUGAGGUCGCGAAGAAAAUAGGAUUUUUUCCAUUUCAAAAAUCUCAACGAGGAUUACUGUAGGUACUGUAUCUAGGUAGAUAGGUACUUGAAAGUGAUCUCCAGGUGCACAUCACAAAAGCGGGGAAACUCUUUUGUUUUCCUAAUUUUUAAGUGUUUUCCUGGGAUUAGGAAAAUCUAACACCUGGGAAAAAGGAUUACUGUAGAUUGGUAGAAAAAAGGAAAAGGAAAAAUAUAAAUGUUUUUAUUUGUUCAUGUAAUGUGAUGAAGGAAAACCUCAAUUUUAAUGGGUGGGUAAUUAUUUUUCGCUUGAAGACCCAAAAUACAGUAAUCUAUGUUCAAAAACGUUUUUGAGGCCAAGAAAGUGAUGAAUUUUGAAAUUCAAAACUUUCCGAACCAAUUUUUGUAGUUCUCGAGGACAAGGGCAUAUUUUCCAUACCAAAAAUUUCCAACUCAAUAUUGAGCUCAAUUUUUGGUAUGGAAAAAAUCACUCUGCUUCUCUGCAAUGAUUUUUCCAGCCGAAAAAUUGGAGUGGAAAAAAGCGCUUUUCCUCGAGAACUACGAAUUUUUGGUAUGGAAAACUAGGAAAAUGUUCAUAGCUCGAAAUUUUGCGCUGAAUCCGAAUUUCCCAUUAUCGAUUUUUUCCAGAAUCAAAGUCGAAGAUUAUGUGAGCAAGAAAAAUGAGCUGAUCGAGGAAUUGAGCGAAUUGGAGAACACUGAAAAGUGAGUAGUUUAUUUUUGAGCCUUGAAAUUUGAGCCAAAAAUGAAAAAAGUUGUUGUAGGUUCAUUAAAGAGACGUCAAAAACGAUUCAAGAAUUAAAUAAGGAAAAAGAAGAACAUUCGGAAAUUAUUCAAAUGAUAAAUCAGGAUAAACAAGAUCUGGAAAAAGAAAUCGAAAGCGCUGAAACUGAGAAAAAAGAAAGGGAAUCGAAAAUUAUGAAAAAAUAUGAGAUUUUGCUGAAACUUAUGGAACAAACAAAUGAAAAAUUGAAGGAAUCUGGAAUUGAUUUUGAGAUAAAAGAAGAGGAUUUGCCCCAAACAAAUUUGAAGAAAAAUGAACCUGUAGCUUCACAAAUUUUGGCGGGAACUCCUGGACUUCCGGCUCCUUUUAAUGGCUUCAAUUUCAAACAACUCGGAAGUUUAAUUCACCCAAUGUUCCUUGAACAUAUUCCUGGAUUUCCGACAACUCAGCCAACACCACAGAGUCAUUUUCGACCACCAAAUCAUUUGGCAAAUGCUAUUCAACAACAUCAUUUGAAGGCGGCCACGGACCAUCAAUCGCCACCAAUGAAGGUGAUUUUUGAAAUCAGCGCAAAAUUUUCAUCUAGACACUUUUUUGCCUGAAGAAAACGUGUAUUUCUCGAGGAGAAGCGGUUUUCCAUACCAAAAUUUGUAGUUCUCGCGGACAAUCUAUUUUUCAGGUUGGAAAAAUGUAUUAUUUUCCAUACCAAAAAUUCAUAGAUUGUCCGCGAGAACUACAAAUUUUAGUGUGGAAAAUGUUUCGAAAUUUUCUAUAGCCCGCGGCAAAUGUGGAUUAUAUUUCUAGAUCAAAAUUUCGCGCUGAAUCCAAAAAUCUUAUUGAUUUUUUGAUGAAAAUUAUUUUCAGACUUGCCAAUCGUGCUUCCAACAAAUCCAUAGAAAUGCUCCGAUUUGUCCAAUGUGCAAAUCGAAAAGUCGAUCGAAAAAUCCCAAAAAACCAAAGAGAAAGGAGAUGUAA